AUGACGCGUGACGUUAUUGAAGUUUUGAAAGGAUCCGCGCUGCUUCCUAUCACCACUGACUACUUUCCUGAUGGUUUGACUCUUCUUAAAGACUAUCUGUACACGGAACAUCAAAUUUCUGUUGUUAAUGAGCAUGUGGGUUGCUCUGGCUCACGCGCAAAAAUGGACAUUAAUCAGCUGUCGAGAUUGGUUUUUGAUCAGUUGAUUUGUCAAAGGCUUCAGCGCGGUUUCCAGAUCAUCUUGAUGUCAAAGCCGCUCAUUCACGUUGCCAUAAAGCAGAGUUUGUUCACUCCUAUCAAUACAGAACAAACAGAAUGCAGUAUGUCGUUUAAUAAGAUUGUCCAUCGACUCGUACUUGUUGGCUCUGAUAUCACGGUGACGGUGUUUUACCCAAAACGAAAUCGCGAAACAGAAUCAAGCCCGCCACCGUGUAUGCAGCCGUACUCGUACUUCUUCCAGGUACCCGUCUACCCCAACAGUCAGCUCGUUCCAGGCCAG